GCCUUGUACUCCUCCUGCUCCUCCCCCUUGUUCCGGGCCUGGGAAAAAUUUGAGACCCCAGAACGCAAGACGCGAAGACGACCCACCACCGGCCCCCGCCCCUAAAUUACGGCCGCACGCCUCGCCGCCGGCGAUCCCGCCGACCGUCGGCUCCCCCGCGCCUCGUUCGCCCCUGCGGCGUGCCCGUGCCCACGAGGACGCCGCUCGCCGGCGCGGGCGGGCGAGGAGGGCGGCGAUGGGGAACUCGCUCGGGUGCUCCGCGUCCGGCGAGCGGCUGGUGUCCGCGGCGCGGGACGGGGACGCCGUCGAGGCGCGCAUGCUGCUCGAGCUCAGCCCGGCGCUCGCGCGCUACUCCACCUUCGGCGGCCUCAACUCCCCGCUCCACUUCGCCGCCGCCAAGGGCCACCUCGACAUUGUGACGCUGCUGCUGGAGAAGGGCGCGGAUGUGAACGCGCGGAACUACUGCGGCCAGACUGCAUUGAUGCAUGCAUGCCGACAUGGACACUGGGAGGUGGUUCAGAUGCUUCUGCUCUUCAGAUGCAAUGUUACCAGGGCGGAUUACUUGAGUGGUCGAACGGCAUUGCACUUUGCAGCACACGACGGACUUGUUCGGUGUGUAAGGCUGUUACUUGCCGACUUCAUCCCAAGUGGGCCCUUGGAGGAUACUGCCUCUUCGGUGGCAGAUGGCGGUGAUUCUCAGAUGAAUAGCGGCAGCAGUCCUACUUCUUCACUGGGACUCAAGUUUAAUGAACCUGCUCGUGUGAGGUACAUCAACAAACCUGCUGAUGGCGGUGUUACCGCUCUUCACAUGGCAGCUUUGAAUGGUCAUUUCGAUUGCAUGCAAUUGUUGAUUGAGUUAGGUGCAAAUGUCUCAGCUGUCACAUUUCCAUACGGAACUACAUCAAAUUUGAUAGGAGCUGGCAGUACUCCUUUGCAUUAUGCAGCCGGUGGGGGCAGUCUGGAGUGUUGUCAGGUACUUCUUUCAAAAGGUGCUAGCAGGUUGACACUCAACUGCAAUGGGUGGCUUCCCAUGGAUGUUGCUAGGAUAUUUGGACGCCGUUGCUUGGAGCCAUUACUUUCUCCAAAUUCACACACGAUUAUUCCAGCAAUUCAGCCAUCCAGUUAUCUUGCCUUGCCACUGAUGAGCAUACUUAAUAUAGCCAGAGAAUUUGGGUUGCAACACACCGUAUCCUCGGUGGAUGAGAGUGACCUUUGUGCAGUUUGCCUGGAACGGUCUUGCUCUGUAGCUGCUGAAGGCUGUGGUCACGAGUUCUGCAUCAAAUGCGCUCUCUAUCUUUGCUCAACCAGCAACGUCCGUGUGGAGUUCACAGGCCCAGCUGGGUCAAUCCCAUGCCCUCUCUGCAGGAAUGGAAUAAUGUCAUUCACUAAGCUGCCGAGCACACCGACAGAAGGGCUCAAAUCAAGCUCAGCACUCACAUUCUGCAAUCCGUGCAUUUUGAAUACCCGUUCUGUGGACUCCCCAGCAACUGUCUGUAAAGCUGAAAUCAGGCGCAACCGUGUGGCAGCUCUCUCUUCCGAGUUGGUCUGUCCACUGACAUGCAGCCCAUUUCCGUCGUCCGCCCUCCCAACCUGCAGGUGCAGUGACGACGAUCCAUGCGGCUCAACAGAAACGCUGGAUGGCUCCGAGGUGCAAUCUCCACGGCCCUCGCACAGCACAAGCACAGAGCUGGAUAAGAGGGGAGAGCAGGACGUUGACCGGACCACCUGCUCAGGCAUGUUCUGGAGUCGCAGAAGCUGUCAGAGGGAGCAGCAGUGCAAUGCGGAAAUCAAUGCUUGAUUCCUCUCCUUCCUGGUUGUGAAUAUAUUUGGAUUCAUAGCAGCUAAAUGCGGGAGAUGAUCAGCGGUUAUUCUUUCCUCCCCGGCUGUGUUUCUUUUUCUCCUGUUUUACAGCCAAGAUUUUGGUGUUUUGGUGAUCCAUCCUGCAGCUUUUGGCUGCCGUAGUUUUCACUGUAUUGUAACAUUCGGCUCAUAUCUAUUGUGUUGUGUCAUGAGCCUGUGAGUGAGUCUAGAUCAUAGCUUGAAAAUCACUAGUCAGUUACUGUUCUGUAGCUGCAUGUAAAUUACACGGUUUGGAUGGGGUUGUUUUUUGCUUCUUCUGAUCCCGGUGAUAAGAUUCUAUGUAACAUGACAUCAAAUUACCCCCUGAUGAUAUAUAGAUUAUGCCGCAGUCUCUUCA